CGCGACCUGACGCGCUCUCAACCUUACGCGCCAAACCAAGCUUUUGCUUCUCCCACCAACCUACACUCCUCCAUUCGACCCGCUGAUUCCAAUCUUCUAAUCCUCGCGAAGUGUUCCCUCCCUAUGGCUCCCUCAAAAAAGUCCGCGCGCAAAGCGGCACCGCCUGAAGAAGACGAAUUCAUCCACGACGAAGACGAGGAUAUCGACGCAGACGUCGAAGAUGGCCCACCAGUGAUAAACCCGUACAGGGUUCUUGCUCUAGAUAAGGAUGCUACUGCAGAGGAUGUCAAGAAAGCCUAUCGUAGGAUGGCGCUGAAGCAUCAUCCUGACAAGGUUACAGCAGAUGAUAAAGAAGCAGCAAAUAAACUCUUCCAAGAAAUCGCAUUCGCCUACGCGAUCCUUUCCGAUUCACGGCGUCGCGAACGAUUCGAUCUGACCGGAAGCACAGCCGAAGUGCUCGACGAUGACGAUGAUUUUAACUGGCUGUCCUUCUACCGCGAGCAAUUCUCCGAAGCGCUGACGACUGAGAAUAUUACAAACUUCUCGCAGAAAUACAAAGGUAGCGAAGAAGAAAAGCAAGAUCUGCUCAAGGCAUACACAGAGCGCGAGGGCAACCUGGACUACAUCUUUCAAACGGUUAUGCUGUCCGAUGUCCUCGAAGACGACAUCCGCUUUCGCAAGAUUCUGGACGAUGAAAUCGCGAAAGGUACGAUCGAAAGCUACCCGAAAUACGAGCGCGCGAACAACGAUGCGACGAGGCAAAAAGUGAAGGAUAAAGUACGCAAGCAGCGGGAGGAAUUCGACAAGCGUGAUGCUGCCAAAAAGCAAAAAGAGGAAGAAGGGACUGCGGCUGCAUCUGGCGCUGCCGCUGGAAAAGCAAGCGUCAAAGCAUCUACCAAGUCCAAGAAGUCCGCAGCUUCAAACAACAUGGACGAUCUGGCAUCGCUCAUCCAACAGCGCCAGAAAUCUCGCCAGGGCAACUUCUUCGACCACCUCGAGGCCAAGUACGCGCCGAAGUCAACAGGAGGUCGUGGACGCAAGCGAGAGUCCCCAAUGGAUGAACCAUCCGAAGAGGCCUUCGCCGCCAUGGCAGCGCGCAAGAAGUCAAAGACCACCACCAGCAAGGCUCCCCCAAAAAAGAAGGGAAAGGCGAAGAAACCGGAGGAUGAGGAUGUAGACAUGGAUGAUGAGUCGGAGGACAUUGGUGACUCAGAAGAAGAUGAGGAGGAGGAGGAAAAGCCGCAGAAGACCAAGGGAAGGAAGUUGAGGAGAGGACGGGGUAAGGCUUGA